GUCACUAUUUCUUCAUUUGUUGCAGGAGAGAAUUUCGACCAGAGUCCCUUAAGAAGAACCUUCAAAUCCAAAGUUUUAGCCCAUUAUCCUCAGAACAUCGAGUGGAACCCCUUUGACCAGGAUGCUGUCAACAUGCUGUGUAUGCCCAAAGGGCUGUCUUUCAGGACACAGGCAGAUAACAGAGACCCACAGCUCCAUUCCUUCAUCAUCACCAGAGAAGAUGGCUCUCGUACUUACGGGUUUGUGCUCACCUUCUACGAGGAGGUCACGAGCAAGCAGAUCUGCACUGCCAUGCAAACGCUCUACCAGAUGCACAACGCGGAGCAGUACAGCAGCGUCUGCGCCUCCUCCUCGUGCAGCAUGGACUCCCUGGCCAGCUCCAUCGACGAGGGCGAUGCCACUUCCCUCGCCAAGCUCCAGCGGUACAACUCCUACGACAUCAGCAGGGACACGCUGUAUGUCUCCAAAUGCAUAUGCCUCAUCACCCCUCUGCCCUUCAUGCAAGCCUGCAAGAAGUUCCUGAUCCAGCUCUACAAGGCGGUGACCUCCCAGCAGCCGCCACCUCUGCCCCUGGAGAGCUACAUCCACAACAUCCUCUAUGAGGUGCCCCUGCCACCCCCGGGGCGGUCGCUGAAGUUUUAUGGGGUUUAUGAGCCCAUCAUUUGCCAGAGACCUGGGCCCAACGAGCUGCCACUCUCUGACUAUCCACUGCGGGAGGUCUUUGAGCUGCUGGGUCUGGAGAACCUGGUCCAGGUGUUCACCUGUGUUCUUCUGGAGAUGCAGAUCCUUCUGUACUCACAAG